UCAAAUUGUGUUUAGUGCAGGACUUACUUUUGGUAUUUCUUGAAAUAAAACCAAUUUAAAUUACAAAAUACAAGUGUGCAAAAGUAGAAAAAAGUAGUCAUCAAACAUGUGUGGUUAAAAUAAGAUAAAAUAAGCUUGUUUACGAAAGAUGGAAUCGGAUGAGUACGUGGGUUCCAACGGAGACGUUUUUGUUCACCGUUUAAAAGAGCUCACAGAUGAAGAGAAACAACGUCUCGAAGCCCAGAAUUCACUGGUAAUACCCGAAACCAAGGCUGCUCGCCUGGAAAAAGAAGCUAAACGGCAUUGGGACAUCUUUUACAAGCGGAACGAGACAAAGUUCUUUCGAGACCGGCACUGGACAACACGUGAGUUUCAAGAGCUGAUAAACUUUGACCCCGACAAGCGAAUAGUAUAUUUGGAGCUCGGCUGCGGCGUCGGGAACAUGAUAUUUCCGCUAAUCGAAGAGGGUUUCUCAAAUUUUUUCUUCUACGCUUGUGAUUUUUCACCACGUGCGGUAGAUUUUGUCAAAGCGAACAAGUUGUACGACGAGAGUAGAAUAAAGGCGUUCUGCGCCGAUUUGACUACUGAUAACUUGUUCGAGAACAUGGAAAUGGGGUCUGCGGACAUGGCGAGCUUGAUAUUCGUGCUGUCGGCCAUACACCCCAACAUGUGGGCGCAGGUGGCGAGCGUGGCGCACCGCGCGCUCCGCCCCGGCGGGAUUCUGUUCUUUCGAGACUACGGUCGUUACGACAUGGCUCAACUGCGGUUCAAGGCGGGACACAAGAUAGCUGAGAACUUCUAUAUGCGGCAGGAUGGCACAAGGAGCUACUACUUCACGGAAGAGGAGCUUGAGAAACUAUUUGUGGAGGCUGGAUUUGAAGUCCUUUCAAACACCUACGUCCAGCGUCGCACUGUCAACUUCAAGGAGGGAAUCGAUGUACCCCGUAUCUUUGUCCAGGGAAAAUAUAGAAAACCUGACAAGUGAAUGAACAUGGACAAUGUUACAAAAAGGCUAACUCACAAAUCAAAAAAAGGUAUUUCCUGGGAGACAAGGUUUUAGCUUAGGUACCUAUCUCAAAGUUUUACCGCAAAGAUAGCUAAAUGAUGCAGCACCAUGUUUGUUGAAGCUGCAUCAGAAUUAGUGCCUUCUCACAGACCACAGUACCAUGAUGGAAAUGGUACAUGUUUUAUACAAAAUGAACCACAUGACAUUUAGGAUAUAUUAUCAUCAACAUAUUUUUAUGGAGGUAGACUCUGGAUUAGACAAGAAGAUAAAACUACAAUAUAAAUUAAAGACGCGGCUGAACCUAGAACUGACAUUAAGGUUAUGGAAAUAGAAGACAACUGACAUCAAAGUUGAGGUUGUGGCAAAAGAUACAGUUCAAUGAUGACACCAGAAGUACAACUGGGAAGAAGACUGUUCAUGGUUCUAAUGAUGCAGUUUGGUGUGCAGAAAAGAAAAAUAAGAGAUACAGUGCAUUAAAUAAACGGUCCUGACCAUGGAGUAGUGUUGAAGACCACAUAGAAAGUAGAGGAGAUCUAAAGUUACAUUAAUAAAUGAUUACUGUUAUAAGUUAUAACUCAUAUUAAAUAAAUGGAAUAAAUAU